GCUUGCUUCAACAACUUCUGCAGAUUUCGGUGGCCUCAAGAUAUCAUUAAUUCUAGCCUCAGAAACAGCGCUUGGCUUCUGUUAAAGUCUGGAGGCACUCGCAGCCUCCAUACGUCGCUCAGUAACUGCUGUAUUCUUCAUUGGAUUUGGCACCGACGUCUGUUCUUCCUCGGAGCUCGGCCGCGGUUUCUGUACUACCUGAUAUAAACGAUAAUAGAGUUGUCCUUAUCGUGAACCGAUAAGUAGAAGCCUGGGAUGACAACAAAGUGCAAAGUAACCCCUCUAUCUGUCUUGAACCUACCCAAACGAUGGCCUCUCGUACUGUUCCCUACAUCUCUCUUCGCGACUUCGAUCGUCGAAAAGACGAGAUUGCCAAAGAACUUAUCGAUGCUGCUGAGAAUAUUGGGUUCUUUGUACUUGUGGACCAGGAGAGUCCUAGCAAGAAGGAUAUAACCGAUAUGUUCGAGCUCUCUGCGCGGUACUUCGCGUUGCCAGAAGAGAUUAAGGCGAAAGUCCCAUUCAUUCGGGACGAGAACUGCGGCUGGGAGAAGGACGCACAGGUCCGUCCAUCGACUGGCGUUGCUGACCCCAAAGAGUCCCUACAGCUCCAAGCCUUCCGUGCCGACACCUACUGGCCUACAGACCUUCCCGGCAUUCCCGAAUUCCGUGAAAGAUGUCUGGAGUUCAUGGACAAGACUCAGGCGCUCUCCCUCAAGAUCCUCUCCCUCUUCGCUGUCGCCCUUGGUUUCCCUCCAGACUUUUUCACCGAAGCACACGAUGUCACCAAGGGGGACUGCUUGUCGACUUUGAGGCUUCUGCAGUAUCAUGAUGCGACGGGGAAAAACUUUGGGCCGAACUCGUGGAGAGCUGGGGCCCAUACGGACUUUGAUUGCUUGACGUUGUUGUAUCAGCAAGACGGCGGUGAUGGUCUAGAGGUUUGCCCCGGCAGAGAGGCUCACACUAGCUUUGCUCGUGGAGACGACUGGACUCCCGUUCCUGCCCGGACAGGCGAAAUCACCGUUAACAUUGGUGACAUGCUGAUGGCCUGGAGUGAAGACAGGUUCAGGUCGCUUUUCCAUCGAGUCCGUGUCCCGGGACCAAACGAUAAUCAAAAGCCGCGUCUUAGUAUUGGUUACUUCAAUCAACCGCGCCCAGGCGUUCUUGUCGAUGGACCCACCCAUAAAUAUGCAGCACAGACAGCUAAGGAAUAUAUUGUGAAUGCCAUGCACCGUAACUAUCUGGCAGCGCAGCAGUUAAAGAAGGAACAGCAGACUGUAGCGAUGAACGUUCCUACUGUUGCUGUAGCCCAAGUUUGAAUUGUAUCUGAUCUGUACUAGCGUACGUAAACAUGUAGUCAUUGUGAUAUUAGUUUGACUUCAAUUAUUAUACUGCA